AUAAGGGAACGCUGACAGUUCGACGAUGACACACAGUUGUUACGAAGGCGUACGUGCCGCGACGGCUAUUUUUUUUCCUUGUUUUUCUUUUCUCUUUUUUUCCCCCUUCGCCCCGCGUAUCCGUAAUUUCAGUUUCACCCAACGCGGCUCGCAAGUACAAGAGAACAGGCAGCCGUGAGUGAGUAAAUUCAGCACGAUCGAUUUUAAAGAACUCGUCAUGGAUAGCCUAUAUCCAAAUCUACGCGAGAGAUUCAAAAGCGAGGGUCUGUGCCCUAUUUGCCUGAUGGAAAUGGAGCUGGCUCCCAGAUACACAUGCGAGAACCAGCACACUAUUUGUUAUCGUUGCAAACCAUAUUACUACAACUGUCCCACGUGCCACUCGCCAUUAGACAUGGAAAUGCCACCUGCAAACACUUCCUCUUCCUCUCUCCCGUUGCCUACUCACUUCCUACCCCAUCCACUUCCGUGCAAGACCCACGAUCAACAUCCCACUGCCCCAUCGACGAGCGAUUUUUUUCUAGAACGCGAAAAAAAUUGGUUCUCCCCUUCCCCGGCUGAAGGCCAGGAAUUAAAACCGUGCAUGUACACCCAUCUUGGAUGCUGGGUGAAAAUGCCAAUAUAUUUGGUAGAUCUGCACGAAUCUCGGUGUCAAUUCCGGCCUCAUUUGGAAGAGGAAUACCUUCCCACGGACAUGGCCCACGCUCAAGACGAUUUGGUCGAUUGCAUUUAUCGGGGCAAGGGUUGUAAAGUGAGGACUCCAGGCUGGAGGGUUAUGAUACACGCGCAGCACUGCAAUUACAGGGACAGCCUGGACGACAUCGCCGGCGCCCUCGAGCAGGCCGCGAUUUCUUGCGACGAGGAGGAUCCAGAAGAAUUGGUCGAGUGCAGGUACAGGAAAUACGGUUGCAUGGUGAACAUGCGCAGGAGGAGGAAACCCAUGCACGAGGCGAAAUGCAACUACCGGAAGUACCACGCGGAGAGCGACGACUCUUCGUCGGAGGGCGAGUACGAUCCUGACGAACAGGUUUCGUGCAAAUGGGCCGAGCAUGGUUGCAGGGUGAGGCCGAAACAAAGCCGUGUGGAGACGCACGAACAAAAAUGCAAUUACAGGCAGGAGGAGUGCGUUUACAAGGAAAACGGGUGUAUCGCCACUUUCCAUCCGUCCAGGAAAUACGCCCACGAGAGAAAUUGCGAAUUCGCUUGUUAAAUUUUCCAAUGGAUAAUAGUGGGGAAAGGUGAGAUGAAUUUUUAAAACAAUAUCUUAAGGGAAUAAAAAAAAAUCUUUCGAAUUAUUUGAUUAAUUGAAGAAAAUGGACAUGUUGAGUUUGUAAUUUUUGAAAAAGUCUUGUAUGAAAGAAAGAUGAGGAGUGGCAUUAAAAAGAGUGGAAUAUAAAAUACAUGUGCUUUCAGAUAUUUGAUCAUAUUGUAAGUAUUCAGGAAAAAAUAUAUAUUCAGGAAUAAA